UCCCAUGUCGCGGUCGCUGGCGCAUCUACUCGCGGUGGCCCAGAGCCACGGCCACCGCGUGUACUGGCGCCGCGCAGCACUGGUGAGGACGCGGCUUGUCCGGAGCGGGAGCAGGUCGGCGGGCCGGCUCGAGGGGGCAGCGGGAGUUUCGGCUUCUGGGAUGGGGAACAGCACAUCGUCAUCUAUGGGGAACACAGCAGCUACUCCCAUGAAUCAGAUCCAAGAAACCAUUUCUAAUAAUUGCGUGGUGAUUUUCUCCAAAACUUCUUGUUCUUACUGUACGAUGGCAAAAAAACUUUUCCACGACGUGAAUGUAAACUAUAAAGUGGUGGAAUUGGACAUGCUUGAACACGGAAGCCAGUUUCAAGAUGCUCUUCACAAAAUGACCGGUGAAAGAACUGUGCCAAGAAUAUUUGUCAAUGGAACUUUUAUUGGCGGUGCAACUGACACUCACAGGCUUCACAAAGAAGGGAAAUUGCUUCCACUAGUUCACCAGUGUUAUCUUAAAAAAACUUUCAGUGGUGAGCACUGAUGGGUGCCUUCUCUGCAAAAUGUAAGGCUCUCACUGAUGCAGUUGUGAACUCGGUAGGGAUAUCCUUGUACUGUAUUGUGACAAGCCUUCACACUUUGUGCUUCUAGAGUAAAAGAAGUCUAUUAAAUUUGUAGGAUGGAAUGACAUUCAUUUUAGAAAAACCACGUUAUUCAUCUGAUGAUUUAGUAGUUCUAGAGAAUAAAACGGCACCUCUGGGCAGAAAUUAAGAGGAGGAAGAUUUCAGCAUUGUAUGAGGAUGAACUGCUGAAACAGUUCAGAAAUAUACUUGAGUCAUAGUGUGAGGUGGAGAGUUCUGCUUUCCAGAAGCUGUUGGAAGCUGUUGGAAAUGUUCCAUAGGGGAUCCAGGUAUUGGAUGGGAGAUGAAACUGAAUGUCCCUAAAGUAAUUUCUGAUGUAGAUAUUCUUCGCUUCUGUGACUGGGAAUUCUAGCUGAUCCCACAGAGUCACACGGGGCAGAUUACCAGAUGCUGGGAAGAGAAAACUCUUCCUUAGAGGUGGGAGGAAGUUGGACUUUAAGAGAAGCGGUGAGCGUCUGCUUUCUGGUCAAGAUGGAUCAGAGAAUCUGGGAUAGUCCUGCAGAAGACAGCUGGUGGCUUUUUUUGCCAUUUGCCCUCAAUGAUGCUUCUUACAUGGUCUAUUAAGCUGUCGUUAGACCUUGAUAAAGCAAGAAUUUGGACUAUUUUAUUCUCACGUGAUAAGUUAUAACUGCAAUGGAACAGUGGAGGCAUUCCUUUAGCCCUUUAUUUUGCAUUAUGUCAUGAUGCAAAAUUCUUGCAUGCUUGCUAUGUUGUAAACUCUGUUAGAGAGUAGAGGAAAUGUUACCUCGUGUGAUAUUGUGAUUUAUAUUAAAUAUAUAUUUGGUCUUCAUGCCAUUCCUAGCACACAGCUGAAACCCCUGGAAUUUCCUGUGAGA